AUGUGGAGUGAAUGUGAAAAAAAAUUUUGGCAACAAAUUGUUGAUGAGAAAAAUUAUGAUGCAAACUACCUUAAUUCUGUUUUUUCUUUCGUUACUUCUGAUAUUUUAGAUUUAUCAUUAGAUACCAUUAGUGAAAUACCACUCAGGGAUAACACAAAGAUUUAUUCUGAAAUAGUUGACAAUGAUAAUACAAAGAAUGAUUUAGUAAACCUAACAAUAGAUUUAAAUAAUUUUCAAAUUGGUAGUAAAGUUUUGGCAUUAUAUGAAGAAGACAAUGAGUAUUAUGUAGCUAGUGUCGUAUCAAUUAAUCUCUUAAAAAAGACUGUUAAUGUUGUAUAUGAGGGUUUUGAGGAGGAGGGAGAGUAUGAAGUAUUAAUUUCAGAUAUUGAUAUUUACAAUAAAGAUGUAGAAGCAUCGUUUUCUGAUAAAAUAUUUGAUAAUGAAAUGCGAAAUUUAAUUAUGACGGAAGAAAUUAAAUUUCCACUUGAAAAUGAUUCAAAAGUUUUUGCAGAAUAUAAUGUCGAUGGAAUGUAUUAUCUUGGAUCUGUUAUUAAUUUCGAUAAAAAAAAGUCAUCAUAUGAAAUUAUUUUUUCUGGAUUUCAAGAGGAAGGAAUUUUUGAAGUAGAAAGUAGUAGAGUAUUAAAAUGUUCUAGUAACUGUUAUAGUAUUGCAGAUGACACGAUAUUUAUGACACCAUUUAAAUUUCCUGAAUUAUGUGAAGAUAAGGAAGAAUUAAUUGAUAGUUAUCUAUUAAGUAAACAUCAUAGUGAAGCUUUGUACAAAGUGUUACAAGAAGUAAUAACAAACUGUAAUAUAGAUGGUUUAAAAGACAAUAUACCUGAGUUUAUAAAAAAAUACAUUGAUGAUGAUUUAAUUACAUUUGAUAAAUUACUAUCAAUAUAUGUUUUUACUGAAUUUUUAGCAAUGUGUUUUCAAAAGUCGUAUUACGAUAUAAAAAAUCAAAAUGUAAAUUUACUUGAAGUGUAA